UUGCACAAGAGAGUCCUUUUUCCAUCCUACAGUGUGGCAUCAACUACCAGCAUUUCGCAUGACGAAUUUCGCUUUUGUCGAAUCUGUCACGAAUCCGAUGGAUCCACUGCUGAUUUGGAUUUCGAUGCCUAUGGAAAAUUGAUUGCACCUUGCCUCUGUGACGGCACUUUGAAGUAUGUGCAUGAAAAGUGUGUUCAGCGGUGGAUGGAAGUCAGUCGCUCGAAAAGUUGUGAGUUGUGUCGAUUCGAAUACGAGGUGCUUACCUUCACAAAAGGUGAGGUUGGAAGAAAUAAGGCUACACUCAACUUAGGGAGCUACUUAUAUUCCAAUCAAACAGUCCAUCUCUCCAUUCAUCAACACCUUUGCUUCCUGUUCCGAAAGUCUUCAUUUCUUGGUUAA